AUGCAGUCCCAGCUGUUGCUGCUCUGGGCAGCCACUCUUACGAGUGCCGAAUUCUUAGUCAACUUUAAUCAGAAGCUGGAGGAUCGUCCUAGGGUGCACACAGUGAUCAAAGAAGAAGUCGGACGACUGGAUGUACCCGCAAAGUCCAACUCCAAAAAAGACGAGGGAAUAGUUCCUCUUGGCUCUGAGUUAAUGGCUCGCCAAGCUCUGGACCGACAGUCUUGCGCUCAGGGGUUCGGAUACUGUCCCAGCGCCGGGGGCUGUUGUGUUGCGAAUAGCCUCUGCUGCUCGUACGGAUACUGCCAUACCCAAGGAUCCGCCUGCUGCCCCACCGGUCCAUGUGCAGCUGGCCAAACAUGUUGGGGAUAUAGCCACUGCAUGCCUGUGGGAGCCCAGUGCUGCACAGAUGAAUCCCAUUGUCCGGCAGGAAACAACUGCUACCUCUCUGGCUUGACCCAUCAAAUGGUGUGCUGCGCCGAUGCAAAAUGCACGGCACAUGUAGAUAAUGGAAAGACGACGUAUGCGCCAACCACGACGAGCACACAUACCUUUACGACGACUUACUACCAGUAUUAUUACUGGACUGUAACUUGGUACUAUUGGUACUACUACUGGACUUACUCGAUCGACAUCCAAGCAUCAAUCGUCGCCUCGUCUCAUGCCAGUGCCGCUUCCGAGUACUUCAGUUCCAAAUCUAAAACGCUGUCCCUUGCAACACCUGCUGCGGCAACUUCCCUCGAGUCUCUGGCUGGAAGCACAUCAUUCGUCUCUUCGCCGCCCUCAGAUUCUCCCUUGAGUCCGAGCCCAAGUCCAACUGAUAAGCCAACCCUUUCGAUUGGCGACGAUGACAAUGGUGGUAACAACGGUGACGGUUCGUCUGGAGCAGCGCCUUUGUGGGUGGGAUCAGAUUGGAAGAAGGUCUGGGUCUUGGUACUUGGUGCUGGAACUGGAUUACUGGCUGUAAUUUUAUAA